GUAGAAGUAGAACACAACUAAAGCACUGUAUUUUGAGAAUUAGAUUGAUAAUCUUAAUCCUGUGGCGAUCUGUGCAAAUCAAUGAAAUAGUUUUUUGGAAUUAGUUGUUAAACUGAAGAUGAAGAUUUCCCGAAACAAGGUGUCUGGUAGAGUUGAUAAUGGAUCGACACGAGCAAGAGUGAAGAAGAAGGUGCUUAAAGGCAGCAAUAGCAUACCAAAGGAACAUCAUCAAAUCACACUUCCACUUCAACUUGAUGAGACCAAUGGGAACUGUGAACUAUGUGCUUAAUAUCAUUUCCAAAACACUAGAUUUUGACAACCACUUUCAAUUUGCUGCCGUCUGCAAGAAUUGGAGAGCUUUUCAUAAAAUUUACUGGACAAAUUUUUUGGCAUCCCAACAACCACUACUUGUUCAACUUUCGUUUCAUAAUAAGGGAUCAUUUUGCUUUGUUACCAUACCAGCCCAAAAAGUUUAUUGCUCAACCAUGGCCAACUUCCUCUUCCACUCUGUGUUUGUUACGUCUUCUAGUGGAUAUUUUAUCAUGGCGAGCUCCAAUAAUUCAUUUUCGCUAAUCGAUCCAUUCACAAGAAUAAACAAGGUAACCAAUAUUUGUACCUUUGAAUAUUGUGAUAUACAUUUCGCGAGCGAUAAGCAUGCCUUGCUUGCUUUUGACAAAUGCUCUGAGGAAUUUGUCUUAGUGGUUUUAUGCAAACGCCGUUUGUAUGUCUAUCAAUCUCGAAAUUGUGGUUGGGUUAGUUAUUCAACGAUGAAAAAUGGAGAGCAAGUUACUGACUUUGUGGUUUUGCAUAAUAUAAUAUAUGUUGUCACAAACAAGGUCAACAUAGGGGUUCUCAGCCUGAACUCUGCAAAUAUUAAAUUUAUAAAACUGAAGAGUACUCCGAGGUUAAGAUGGCGCUUAGAGCUUAAGUUGGUCAAUUGUGAUGAGCAACUAUUAUUGGUUGAAAUAUGCGGCGAUUUAGUACUUAAAGUGUACAAGAUAGACUUUUCAACCAUGGAUUAUGUUGAACUGAAAACUUUGGGCGACAUUGCAUUGUUUUAUACUGUGAAUGGACACUGUUAUGCAUCGAGCAACCCGAGCAGGUGGGGAUACGAGAGCAACUCCGUGUAUGUCAUGGCUUCUUUCUAUCCAGAAUGUCGUGUGUAUUCAGGGGAUGAUAGUGAAUUACAUAGAAAAUUACAGAAGUACAUUACGAUUCCAGUUCCUCUUGGAAUACGUACCUUCCCGGCUGAUUGGUAUUUUAGACAUAUAAAAUAUGAGAUAGAUUAUUCUCUAGUUGAGUAACUUAUAUAUUUCCAAUGCAAUUAUUUAUAUAAUAUUUCAAUGUGAGAAUUACAGUAUGUUUGUAAU